CCGAUUGGCACUAGAUACAACGCUGGAAGUCCCAACCCGAAAUGGUCGGCUCCAGAAGUUUUACAGGAUGAAAAUAACUCUGACACGAAAUCGGAUGUGUGGUCAUUUGGAGUCACAAUUUGGGAGAUAUACACUCUAGGUUCGGAGCCAUACGAAAAUAUCGCGAACAAAGAUCUCUUCCAGAUUCUUCUAAGUGGAAGUAGACUAGAAAUACCGAUGGCAAUGCCCAACAGGAUUGGAAACCUCAUGAAUAGUUGUUGGAAUCUUGAACCAGGAAAUAGGCCUUCAUUUGCUGAAAUUUAUGCUAAUUGCGUCGACUACGCCGAAUCUACCUACAUAUAA